AUGGCGGCGCAAUGUGCUCGUUCCGCGCUGCAGGCGGGGCGAUGUGCGCGUUCCGCGCUGCAGGCGGCGCAAUGUGCGCGUUCCGCGCUGCAGGCGGGGCGAUGUGCGCGUUCCGCGCUGCAGGCGGGGCGAUGUGCGCGUUCCGCGCUGCAGGCGGGGCGAUGUGCGCGUUCCGCGCUGCAGGCGGGGCGAUGUGCUCGUUCCGUGCUGCAGGCGGGGCGAUGUGCGCGUUCCGCGCUGCAGGCGGGGAGAUGUGCUUGUUCCGCGCUGCAGGCGGGGCAAUGUGCUUGUUCCGCGCUGCAGGCGGGGCGAUAUGCUCGUUCCGCGCUGCAGGCGGCGCGAUGUGCUCGUUCCGCGCUGCAGGCGGCGCAAUGUGCACGUUCCGCGCUGCAGGCGGGGCGAUGUGCGCGUUCCGCGCUGCAGGCGGCGCAAUGUGCUCGUUCCGCGCUGCAUGUGGCGCAAUGUGCGCGUUCCGCGCUGCAGGCGCGGCGUGUUGCUUCUUUCCUGAUUCCCGCCCUUUUCUGCCGGUUUCCCGCCUUGUACGAAGAACGUAUGACCGUGGCGCCGCCGCCCGCCUCUCAGCCAAUCACGGAUGGCCACGUGGCGGGGCAGGUGGGCAACGGCGCGGCGAGGAGAGAGGCACGAGGUGAGACCAUGACGAGGCGUCAUCACCUCCUGUACUCCCCUCUCCUCACCUCGUCCGUCCCCCCGUACUCAUCUCCUCUCGUCCUCUCUUCUCACCUCCCCUGUCCCCCGUACUCACCUCCUAAACGCGCUUGUUUUGUGCCCUCGUUAUGCCCUCCCCCCCUGACCUCCUUAAUCCCCCCUCGCCUCCUCUUCCCCCCCCCAAUCACCGCCUCUCUCACCCUCCACCCUCCCACCCCAGAGGUGGCUGAGGUCUGCCGGACUUGGCCUCGACGUCGGACGAGAGGGAGGGAGGCGAGGGAGAUUGCCUCCACACUCACCACCUCUGCUCCCCACACUCACCAUCCCCCCCCACUUAUCACCACUCUUCACCUUCCCCCACCACCGCUCCCCUUUAUUCACCUUUCCCCACUGCUCCCCAGCACUCAUCUCUGCUCCCCUGCGCUCACCUCUGCUCCCCUGCGCUCACCUCUGCUCCCCUGCGCUCACCUCUGCUCCCCUGCGCUCACCUCUGCUCCCCUGCGCUCACCUCUGCUCCCCUGCACUCACCUCUGCUCCCCUGCACUCACCUCUGCUCCCCUGCACUCACCUCUGCUCCCCUGCACUCACCUUUACUGUUCACCCACUUUUCACACCACCGUUUCCCCGUCCCCCACUGUUCACGCCAUUGUUUCCCCGUCCCCAAAUGUUCACACCACUGUUUUCUCCGUCCCCCGUUGUUCACACCACGGUUUUUUCCCCACUGUUCACCCACCUUUUGUUCCCUCUGUUCCCUCUGUUCACCCCUCUGCCAUCCCCGCUUGCUCGCCAUGCUCCCCGCACUCACUUGCUAUGCUCCCUCCCCUCCCCCCACUCACUCAUUGCCCGAAACAUCCAGCCAGAGGGAGGGAGGCGAGGGAGAUUGCCUCCACACUCACCACCUCUGCUCCCCACACUCACCAUCCCCCCCCACUUAUCACCACUCUUCACCUUCCCCCACCACCGCUCCCCUUUAUUCACCUUUCCCCACUGCUCCCCAGCACUCAUCUCUGCUCCCCUGCGCUCACCUCUGCUCCCCUGCGCUCACCUCUGCUCCCCUGCGCUCACCUCUGCUCCCCUGCGCUCACCUCUGCUCCCCUGCGCUCACCUCUGCUCCCCUGCGCUCACCUCUGCUCCCCUGCGCUCACCUCUGCUCCCCUGCACUCAUCUCUGCUCCCCUGCGCUCACCUCUGCUCCCCUGCGGUCACCUCUGCUCCCCUGCGCUCACCUCUGCUCCCCUGCGCUCACCUCUGCUCCCCUGCGCUCACCUCUGCUCCCCUGCGCUCACCUCUGCUCCCCUGCGCUCACCUCUGCUCCCCUGCACUCACCUCUGCUCCCCUGCACUCACCUCUGCUCCCCUGCACUCACCUCUGCUCCCCUGCACUCACCUUUACUGUUCACCCACUUUUCACACCACCGUUUCCCCGUCCCCCACUGUUCAUGCCAUUGUUUCCCCGUCCCCCACUGUUCACGCCAUUGUUUCCCCCCAGCCAGGUGUGGGAGCGUGAGGUGGAGCACGUGUCCGGAGGAGAGCUGCAGCGCUUUGCCGUUGGAGUGGUGGGGGGGCAGCUGGGAGACAGACAUCUACAUGUGUGGGAGCGUGAGGUGGAGCAUCUGUCAGGAGGCGAGCUGCAACGGUUUGCCAUUGGAGUGGUGGCGGGGCAGCUGGGAGACAUCUACAUGUUCGAUGAGCCUUCCAGCUACCUGGACGUGCGGCAGCGAUUGAAGGCAGCGCAGGUCAUCCGCUCGCUGCUGCGCCCCGACAGAUACGUCAUUGUGGUGGAGCACGAUCUCAGUGUGCUCGACUAUCUCUCGGACUUCAUCUGCUGCCUCUACGGCAAGCCCGGUGCCUACGGGGUGGUCACGCUGCCCUUCUCCGUGCGAGAGGGCAUCAACAUCUUCCUGGCUGGCUUCGUGCCAACCGAGAACCUGCGCUUCCGAGACGAGUCGCUCACAUUCAGGGUUCCUCAAAGCACUCCUUUCCUCCCCUCCACUCCCUCUCCUCCGCCCGUGCCUCUUCUCCUUUCCCCCUCCCAUCAGGGGACGAAAACCCUGGUGGAUAAUCCUGAGGAGGGAGGCCAAGACGUACAGUCGGUUCGGUACAGGUAUUUGGGCAUGAUCAAGAAGCACGGCGGGUUCAACCUCCUCCUUCCCCUCCCUCACUCCAUUCUUUCACCCCCCUUCAUUCCAUCUCAGGUGGCUGAAACCCCGGUUGCUGAAACCCCAGUCGAUAACCCUGAAGAGGCCAAGACGUACACGCGCUACAAGUACCCGCGCAUGGUCAAGAAGCAGGGCGGAUUCAAGCUGACGGUGGAACCUGGUGACUUCACGGACUCACAGAUCGUGGUGAUGCUGGGGGAGAACGGCACCGGCAAGACCACCUUUAUCCGCAUGCUGGCGGCUCUCUCAAGGCCGGACCCAGAUGAGGAAACCGGCAAGGAGGCCCAAGAUCCAGACGAGGAGACCGGGAAAGAAGCUGAGGACCUCCCGGAGUUCAACGUGUCGUUCAAGCCGCAGAAGAUCAGCCGCAAGUUCCCCCUCUCAUACCCUCUCGCUGACCCGGACGAGGAGACCGGCAAGGAGGCCGAGGACCUCCCGGAGUUCAACGUGUCGUACAAGCCGCAGAAGAUCUCCCCCAAGUUCCCCCACAGCGUGCGCGCGCUGCUGCACUCCAAGAUCCGAGACUCGUUCCACCACCCACAGUUCAACACCGACGUGCUGCGCCCCAUGCAGAUCGACCCGCUCCUGGACCAGGAGGUGGUGAAUUUGUCGGGUGGGGAGCUGCAGCGCGUGGCUAUUACCCUUUGUCUGGGAAAGAUCGACCCCCUGCUCGACCAGGAGGUGGUGAAAAUCUCAGGAGGGGAGCUGCAGCGCGUGGCCAUCACGCUGUGCCUUGGCAAGAUCGACCCCCUGCUCGACCAGGAGGUGGUGAAUUUGUCAGGAGGAGAGCUGCAGCGCAUGGCUAUUUCCCUCUGCCUUGGGAAGCCUGCCGACAUCUACCUCAUAGACGAGCCCUCGGCCUAUCUGGAUUCGGAGCAGCGCAUCGUGGCAGCCAAGCCUGCCGACAUCUACCUGAUUGAUGAACCCUCAGCCUACUUGGAUUCAGAGCAGCGCAUUGUGGCGGCCAAGGUGAUCAAGCGCUUCAUCCUGCACGCCAAGAAGACGGCGUUUGUGGUGGAGCACGACUUCAUCAUGGCCACGUACCUGGCGGACCGCGUCAUCGUGUACGAGGGGCAGCCGUCGGUGGACUGCACGGCGCGCACGCCCCAGUCGCUCAACAGCGGCAUGAACCUCUUCCUCUCGCAACUGGACAUCACGUUCCGGCGCGACCCCACCAACUUUCGGCCGCGCAUCAACAAGAUGGAUUCUGUCAAGGACCGCGAGCAGAAGAAUGCCGGCACCUACUACUACCUGGACGACUGA